ACACGGCAUCAACGCUUCAAGGGCAAAAUUACAGCCAGGGAUCCUGUUGAGGAGGAGUCGAGUACAGUAAGCCAGCACUCACAUAAAAAAUGGUGCCGCCUUCUGUUUAGUCCAUCCCAUGAGAAAGAAUGGGAGUCACGUUUUCGUGUAACAGACCGGAGAAACGUUACACCGUCUUACAGCGCGCCCACAGCUGCACGUGAAGACCACCGUGUUUUAAAUACUUUCCACGACCUGUUUUAAAGGGGCAGCACCGCGGCUCACUCACAGAAGUCAUCAUGGCGGACUCCAGCUUCAAUAACCUGACAUCACUCGCGCGGGCUUUAUCACAGCCGACUCUGAAUGUGAUAGAGGCGAAUGAUGUCGGUCCUGCGAGAAAUGUUCUGCAUCCGUGCCGAAGGAGAAAGUUGUCGAGCUGUAGCUCGUUUGAGCACGUUGAGACGGUGACUUCACCUUCCGCCGUCGAGGCGCGAGUCCUGGUCAUAAACACCGGGGGAACCAUCGGGAUGACACUUCAUGAUAACGUACUUGCCCCAAAAGCUAAUGCUUUUGUGCAGGGCCUGCGCAAGUUGCCCAUCCUCCACGAUGAGCUGUAUGCCCAGCAGACCUGCCUGUAUGAGUACUAUGGAUCUGAGAACAGCCUGGUCCUGCCGAAGCCAACACCCCAUGCUGGCCGUCUAUAUCACGGGCUGAGUAAAGACAAUAAGAGGAUAGUCUACAAUGUGUUGGAGUACAGCCCUUUGCUGGACUCCUCCAAUAUGACCACAGAUGACUGGGGUAGGAUUGGAAAGGACAUUGAGAAAAACUAUGAAAACUACGAUGGUUUUGUGAUCCUCCACGGCACAGACACGAUGGCUUACACAGCCUCUGCCCUGUCCUUUAUGUGUGAACAUUUGGGCAAACCAAUUAUUCUCACCGGAUCACAGGUGCCGAUCUAUGAGAUGAGGAAUGACGGCAGAGACAACCUGCUGGGGGCGCUGCUGAUUGCCGGCCAGUUUGUUAUUCCUGAGGUGGGUCUGUAUUUCCACAACAAACUCUACAGAGGGAAUCGUGUGACCAAGGUGGAUACCGGCAGUUUCAAUGCCUUCGCCUCCCCUAACUUGCCUCCUCUGGCCACUGCUGAAGUGGACAUUACAAUCAACUGGGAUACAGUGUGGAGAGCAAACACUACUGCAAAGUUUCAAGUCAGCACUGAGCUGAACAGGAACGUGGGCCUGCUCAGGCUGUUCCCAGGGAUCACUGCUGCUACUGUGAGGGCUUUCCUGCAGCCGCCCAUGGAGGGUGUGGUCCUGGAGACCUACGGCAGCGGAAAUGCCCCCGAUAACCGUCCUGACCUGUUGGGGGAGCUAAAGAAGGCCACAGACUCUGGUGUCAUCAUUAUCAACUGCACCCAGUGUCUGAGGGGGACCGUGUCUGCGUCUUACGCCACUGGCAAGGUGUUGAUGGAUGCAGGGUUGAUAGCUGGUGGUGACAUGACUCCAGAGGCUGCCCUGUCAAAGCUGUCCUACGUAUUGGCCAAGAAGGAUACAGAGCUCGAAACCAAGAAAAAGAUGAUGGCUCAGAACUUGCGAGGUGAGAUGAGCGCUGACUUGGCAGGAGCCAAGCUAUGUCUGAGCGACAGCCGUUUCAUCCAGGUCAUCGCCAAGUCUCUGAGCAUCAGCUGCAAGGAGGAACUGGAAGCCAUCCGUGAUGCCCUGACCCCCCUGCUGGCAUGUGCUGCUGCUAAGAUCGGUGACAUAGAGGCCAUCGAAGCCCUAAAGGAAAUGGGCAGUAACUUGUGUCUGGGUGACUAUGACAGACGUACACCCCUCCAUAUUGCUGCCUGUGAGGGCCACCUCAAACUGGUGCAGUACCUACUGAGUAAUGGGGCUACAGUCUAUGCAAAAGAUCGCUAUGGGGACACACCUCUAUGCAACGCUGUACGCUUCAGGCACAGGGAGGUUGUGAAGCUGCUGCGGAAGACAGGAGCCCACCUCUCCAGAGACAAGUUGGAGGAAGCAGGAACAGAACUGUGCAGCCUGGCAGCCACUGGUGACCUGGAGGGCCUGGAAAUCUGGAGCCUUGCUGGAGCUGAUCUGAAUAAACCAGGCUAUGAUGGACAGACAGCACUGCAACAGGCCCAGGCUGUCGGCAAAACUGAAGUGGUGACAUAUUUAACUCAUCUUAUAAGCAAAAAGGCCAAGACAGUAUUUGGUGAAUUUAAUGAGUUUGAUGAAUAUGAUGAUGAUGAUGAUGAUGAUGAGGUAAAUGAGAUGUGAUGAACGUUUGUCUCCCAGUGUGUGCAUUUCCCACUUUGAGCAUGAGAUUCUCUCCUCUCUAGCAUGGUUUCUUUGCCGCCACCCCCCUUUUUUCUUGCUUGUACUUGCUCUUGUGUCCAUUGUCAGUCCCUCCACCCAUUUUAUAAACCGCUUAUCCUGCUCAGCCUGUGUAUCCCAGCAUGCAUUGUACAAGAGGCAGGCUACUCCUGUGGAUAGGUCACAGUCUAUCACAGGAGUGAAACACACGUGUACACAACAAACACUUUCACACCUACAGGCAGAUCAGAGCUGCCAGUUCACCUUGCACCCCGAGGAAACACAUGCAGACAGUGGGAGAACAUCAGACUCCUCACAGAGAGUUCUCAGUAGUCCCUGCUUGUGCAUAAUUGUAUUUUAUAUAACACAUACACAAUACCGUGUAAAAUGCACUAAAAGAGGUUUGAAAAGAUGGGCUGAAAGAGAGUGAUUUUACAUUUAAAAAAGAAAGUUGAUUGAUUACAAAAACACUUUUGAUCCCUUUCUCAAAACUGAAAUGUCAAACAUUUACAGGCUCGAGCUUCUUCUAUGUAAGUAUGUCUUAGUUUUGCUCUAUUGAACAGCAUUGUAAAUCCAAGGGAAAUUGUGACUGGCAUUUUUCUUUAUUUUAAGAUGCUUAAUCAGUUAAUCCUUUAGUCUAUAAAUAAUGACAAACAACCAAAAAAAUCACCAGAUGAAUUGAUAAUUAAAAUAAUUGUUAGUUGCAGCCCUAAUUUUGAGAAGCAAUUAUGUACUUUAUAAUUUGAAGCUAAGCAUGCCUCAGACCUCUCUGCUUUCUAUCAGGACUUCCUCAGAUAAAACCUGAUCACCUGCCCACCAGUGCCUCUGAAUGCGAAACCAGUGCAGCCUGCUGCUUUACACCAGGAUGACCAGUUUGUGAGCCUGUUUACACCUGCUAUUAUCAUGCGUCUUGGGUGGUCCAACCGCAAGUCACUUCACUUCACUUCAACUUUAUUAUGUCCCAAUAUGGGCAAAUUGGGUUGCCGCAGGCACAGGCAUUAUAAACAAAUUGCAGAAAGUACAUUUGCAUGAGAAACAAAACACACAGAUAAAUAAAAAUAAAAACCUAAGAGCAUACGUCAGUCAGACAAGUAUUUUUGCAUGGGGGUGGGGGUGGGGGACAGAGCUACAUUAAAAUGCGUCUUGAGUGACCGCUUCGAUCAGAUCUAACUUCAACACUUUGUAUGUAAAUGAACACGUGAAUCAUUUCCAUGUUGUCAACCAAAUGUCAGGAAGUUUGUUGUGCUACACAAAAUGACUACGGUCUUAUUCAAUUGUAGUGCUGCACAGCAUAUUGCUGCUGCACAGCAUAUUGAUUUGUCCUUGCCCCCCC